UUGAAUUGCUGAUAAAACAAAUUUUUAAAGACAAUUAAAAGUGAAUCGAAUCAGUUUUUUGUGAACAUCGCUUGUGGAUACAAUAUUAUCCGCAAUUAAAAAAGAAACGGAUUUUACAUAAGAAAAGGAAAAUUCCGUUGAUAAAAGAAAGAAAGAAAAAUGGAAAAAGAUAGCUUAAAGAAAAUGAAAUUUAGUGAUGAGAAGAAAAAGAAGAAAAAAGCACCACAUCGUCCAUCGAUUGUAUCAAAUUAUUCUUUUGUAUCCCUUAGUGAGGUGACGGAAGGAUCGCUGCAAGUAUGGCGUACGCUACCAGAAAAAAUUCGUCAGGAUCCCAGUCUGGCGUCAUUUCGACAAGAGCACGAACGACUGCAUGGACCGAAUGAUAGACCAACGCAAAAUCCAAAUGCCGAAGAGGAUCCUUUGCCAAAUGAAGACAACUCCUUAUCGGAGAAUAAUUCAAAUGAUGGGCAAUCACACACAGAUUUAGUAGAUAAAUCUGGAGACAUUGGAGAUGGCGAUAUUACAGAUAUACACCAGCAUUUAGGAGGACACCAUAAACAAAAUAAAUAUGUUAGUUGGGCGAAAAUGACAGUACUUCUUAUAGUAUGGGUCAUGUUCACGUUAUUCCUUAUGUCUAAAAAUGAAAAAGUGCUACAUUAUAGACAAUUAGCAGUACCAAAAAGUAACAUCAAGACUUACGUUCUUGAGGACGCUCCAAUUGAUCCUCGAGUCGGACUGAUAUUUAGAGGAUCAUUUUACGGUGAACAUUAUGACAAUGACUCAACAAAUUACAUGUUCUACUAUCUAACAAUGCACUACAGCGACGGACAUGUCGAAAAUGUCACAGAUGAAAUUUACAAAUUUCCAGUUGUUAAUCUAACCGAAAUGGACACCGUAAAGGAACUGAAGAGGAGCAAAACUAUACCUCUAGCCUAUUCACACUAUGAGAAACUUCAUGAUAACUCAUCAACUCAACUCAAAUUAAAUUUAUACACGAAUUUUGAUGCAAGCUUACCCGUUAAUUUUGCAUACGAUCCAUCACCAUUGGACAAAGACAUGGGCAUCAUUUAUGCUGCAAUUGUUUUACUCGGUCUUUAUAUUAUGAUUAUUUGGGAGUUGGUUCAUCGAACAUUCGCUGCAAUUAUUGCCUCCACUAUGUCAAUUGGUAUUCUUGCGGCAAUGAAUGAACGUCCUCCAAUGACUUUGAUUAUGUCGUGGAUCGACAUAGAAACUUUAUUAUUACUUUUUGGUAUGAUGAUUCUUGUUGCCAUUUUAUCGGAAACUGGUAUUUUCGAUUAUCUUGCUGUUUAUGCUUAUAAGAUUACUAACGGAAAAGUGUGGCCAUUGAUUAAUUGUUUGUGCCUGUUUACUGCCGUUCUUUCAUCAUUUUUGGAUAACGUGACGACAGUUUUAUUGAUGACGCCUGUAACAAUUCGUUUGUGCGAAGUCAUGGAACUAAAUCCUGUGCCUAUUUUGAUGUCUAUGGUUAUUUACUCUAACAUCGGUGGAGCUUUAACGCCAGUUGGCGACCCUCCAAAUGUCAUUGUAAGUGUUCAUUACGCUUCAAAUGCUCACAUUUCGAAAAAUGGAGUCAAUUUCACGACAUUCUCACUUCACAUGGCAAUUGGUGUGUGUAUGGUUAUGGUUCAAACCUAUUUCCAAUUACGCUAUAAAUUCCGCAAUAUUAACGAUUUGAGAUUUAGUGAACCAAAUGAUGUACAGGAAUUACGUCAUGAGAUAUCGGUUUGGCAACGUGCUGCUGCAUCACUUUCAUCAUAUUCAAAGGAUGAGGAUUUAGUACGAGAGACAUUAGUAAAGAAGGUAAAUCGUUUAGGACGCCAAUUAAAGAAGAAACUUGUGAGCGGAAGUGUACCUGUUGAUAGCUACAAAGCAACACUCGAUGAAUUGCAAGCCAAAUAUCCAAUUAGGAAUGUUACAUUGCUGAUUAAAUCAUCAAUUACGCUCGUGUUCGUCAUUUCUUUCUUCUUCUUGCACUCAGUUCCAAAUUUGCAACGUUUAUCACUUGGAUGGACUGCUCUUCUUGGUGCCAUUUUAUUACUUAUUCUGUCCGAUAGAGAGGAUAUGGAAGCUGUUCUCGCUCGAGUUGAAUGGUCAACAUUACUCUUCUUUGCUGCACUCUUCGUUCUUAUGGAAGCUCUCUCCGAGUUAGGUCUUAUCGAUUGGAUUGGACGUCAAACAGAAAAUGUCAUUUUAUCCGUAGGCGAGGAAGCUCGUUUAGCUGUUGCAAUUCUCAUUAUUUUAUGGGUGUCAGCUUUAGCAUCAGCAUUCGUUGACAACAUUCCAUUAACAACCAUGAUGGUUAAGAUUGCCAUUUCCUUGGCUGAAAAUGAAGCUCUUAACUUGCCAUUGCAGCCACUUGUUUGGGCUCUUGCCUUCGGUGCUUGCUUAGGAGGAAACGGUACAUUAAUCGGCGCUUCAGCCAACGUCGUAUGUGCUGGCGUAGCUGAACAGCACGGCUACAGAUUUACUUUCGUUGAAUUCUUCAAGGUCGGUUUCCCAGUCAUGAUUGGAAGUAUAAUGGUCGCUACAGUAUACUUAAUGUUUGCUCAUGUCGUCUUCACAUGGCACUGAUUAAUGGAGAAUAAUUCGUCGUAGCUUUAGUUUCAUCAUAAACGUGUUUUUUCUUCGAUUUCAUCAGGAAUUUAUUUCGUUUGUUCCUUUAUUUUUCUCUUAUAUGAGCCUUUAUAAUUUCGUUAAAUAUUGUUAUAGUCAAAUACUAUUAUUACUUUUAUCGCCUACCUAUGAUAAGACAUCAUAGACAUUUUUGUAUAAAAUGAUAAAAAAAUUAUGAUGAUUCAUUGUAUAGAAUUAGGACGCAUGUGAAAAAAGUUAUAGGUAAAAAAUUCUAAACCUAUUAUUAGUAAAUAGCCUGUACAUAUGAAAAAUGAUGAAAAAAAUAUUAAAGCUAGGUAUAAGACCCCGAUUUAAAGGAACAAUGCUUUUUGACAAAACUCAAGUAAUGCUGAAAAUGAGAGGAAGUUUCGAAUGUUGGAUGAACGCCUUUCAUGUCGAUUGCUGAACCCUACGAACAGCUUAUAAAUUAGCAUGACUUUAUGUGACCUCAUGCAACGUUCGAAAAUUCCCCCAUUUCCAUUGACAUAAUGAGAUAAGUAGAAAGAACAGUUUCUAUAGUUAAAUAAUAGUUUAAUAAUUUAAAAUUACAUUCCAAAAUGAUCAAAAAAAGAUUUAUAAAACGAUGAUGAUUAUGAUAUUUACGAAUGUUCAUUAAAUCAAUUUAUUUACUAGUUAAAAGAUUAAUAAUAAAUCAAAAAAUAUAUUUUAAUUGAGAAGAUUUUCAUUUUUCUAUUUACACUAAACAUUUAUAUACGUUAAAGUUAUUAAAAGAGGAAGGUUUUGAUUAUUGUACAAUUCAAGACAAAGGGUGGCUCUAGCAGGAGAAUGGCUAUAGAAUGCAGCUGAAAAGUGCAAAAAGAGCAAUUAAUUGAUAAAUGCUGUCCAAAAGUCAUAACAGGGCUAAUAUCCAGUCUUUUAAGAAUUAUAGCAGCUAAAUCCCUUUUUGCAUUUUUUCCAGCUUAAUUUCUGUCAACUCUACUAUCAGAUUUAAAACUGACAGAAUAUUAAAUUUAUCACUCAGAAGACAAAGCUUUAAAAAAGCAAUCUUCAUCUUCUGCUAGAAUGCAUCCUUUAAAAUUGUUACUUUUCUAUUUUUUUAUUCUUUGUGGUUGUUUACUAAUGACGUCUAAUGUUUAAGAGAAUUUGAAAAUAAUUGACGUCCCAUACUCGUAAUACAACCACCUUCUACUUUCAGAAAGGUCCACAUGACAUUUUUAAAAAUUAAACCAAAAAGAAUAUUAGACGUCAUUUCUGAACGACCACAAACAUUGAAAAAUUCGUUUUUUAUUGAGAAGAAUCACAUGUGCGUUUUUAAUUAUUUGUAGUUUAAUUAAUGUGAUAAUUUCUUUUCUUAUGACAGAGAAAAUAAAUUUUAUUGAUGGAAAUCAAUUUGAGCCCCCAUUAAACGGGGUUGAUUUCACUGAAUUGUGUGCAAAUUUUAUCGAAAUGAAAUUAAACUUUGGUGUGUUUUUCUCAUUGCCAUUUUAUUGGCGAGGUUCUAGAAAUGCUGUAGCUUUAAACUUGCUUAACUGUUUAUGUCUCAAGUUUCAGAUAUAAAAUUAGAAAUUUUUAACGACCUUUUCAAAUUUAAAUGACAAUUUUAAAGUUUUAGAACCUCUCAACAGUUUUAUUGAAUGACUGUUGUUGGGUUUUAAAGUCAGAACUGCUGAAUUAUUAAAAUUUGCUGUAAGAUUUUCAUACGUAUGUAGCUGAAAAUGAUAAUAUAUAAGGCAAUUCAGUUCACCAUCACGAAUAGUCCAUUAAGGAAUGCGUCAAUCAAUGAGAAAUUCACUUCGCAAUAAUUUAUUCAUGAAUCAUUAGAAGAACCAUCCAAAACAAUGAGCCCA